AUGUCAAGGGCCUGUUUUCGGGGAACUAGUCUUGUUUGUUGGAGGAUAUACCAGUAUAUGUUUGGCACCUCGCUCUUCGCCCUCCCAGUACAGCUGCCCCUCGAAAUCGUCCUCGGCGAUUUAAAAACUCUCAAAAAAUAUUCAAUGGCGUCUGUCAGAGUCGAUGAAUACCACAUUCUUCCUAUUCUUUUCCAUCAGGGUGAAUUGUUGAUUGGUCACAUUAUCAGCAACGUUGAAGACUUGAUGAUCAUCAACGAUGGCGACGGCGAAAUUCUGACAUAUGACGAGCGUCGAGUCAAACCGUCUUGCAUGUCCAACGUCUCUAUCGGCGCAACAGAUAUAGGCACCAGCGGUAAUGCCAUGUUUACCGAGGCAGCGGCCUCUCAAGCUUUUGGUGGCAGAAUACAGAUUGGUCACAAGAGCAAUGACGUGGAAAGCUUUUCCAUCCCUAAAUUGCGUGGGCUGCAGGUAACGUUUGGACUGUCGGACUACAUCAGAGCCAUUGAAUGCUCCCCGAAGGUUCAGAGGCAUUUGGACUGUUUUGGCGGUUACGUUUACAUGAUCACCGGGUUGAAGCUUUGCAGCGAAAAAGCUAUCGAGAUUUGUCGUGGCAAACGGCUCGAAACACAUGGGAAGGUGGGAUUGGAUUGUGGCACGGUCAAACUCGGCCCGGAGGUGACAUAUACUCAUGGCAGUGCCACCAGCCAGCGAAUGACGGAAGAAGCAGAGGCCAUUUUUGCAAUCAAAGUCGUCAAGCUGAAGUAUAAAAGGAAGCUCAUCUUUACCGGGGAAAAGCGGCUGGUUGCAAAACCGUACAGGCAUGGUGCAAAAUUAGUGGGGGAGAGGGUUUCUGAACCUGUGUUGAACAGCGCAGAUGAUUUUGACGUGGAAACUGAAACAGACUCCGGUGGCGAAGGGGGAGAGGCAUCGGGGGAUGAGUCUACCUCUAUCCGUUGGAUUCUGCCGGGGGCGAUGUAG